AUGGCGAGGCUGAUGGCAAAGGAGGGGGAGUCCAAUCUGGAGGCCUUCAUCAAAGCCUCGAACGAGGAGAUCAAAGCCUCGCGCGAGGAGGCGCACCUGACUCUGGCCUACCUGGUCAUCGAGGGGGCUGAGGUGCAGGAGGCCAUCGACGCCUACGCCGACCUCAUCCUGCCGACAGAGGUGAAGAAGAUGCUCACUUGGUUGAGAGGUUUGAGAAACUGCCCGCCCUCCUUUGCCCAUGUUGGGAUUCAGCAGCAGCGGCGGCGGCGAUGCCAGGGUGAGGGAGGAGCUCGAAAAGCAGAGGAAAACCAUGCAGGCCAAGGUACCAGAUACAGGGAGGGAUCUAGAGGCCGUGAGCAUCACGCCUGGCAAAUACUUGCAUGUUCGUGGCUGCCUGUAUCUAUCGUAUGUGUGGCUGCAGUUCAAUGAGGAGCACGAGGCCCAAUCCAGGGUGUGUGAUGUGCAUGGGGAGAAAGACGGACGAGAGGGAGAGAGGCGAAUUGAAUGCCCAUUGGUUUCUCUCUGCUCAGGGUACUAG